AUGUUUCUGUGCGUCUUGGUGGUUUGUGGGAUUUCUCUUCACCAAUGCCCUACGCUCACUUUAAAGGCACGUGAACAUUCCAUCAAACGGGCAAGUGGCACUGUUGCAUACCAUAUCAAUGGUUGUCAGAGUGCAACAUAUAGCUCAAUAUCCGACACGCUACCGUGUUGGAGAGCGGUGGCCGAGUUUAGGCGGCAGGGCGAUGUUGCGCAACAGUCAAGGAUAUGGCCUCAAGUACUCAAGGAAUGCGAAUACUGCAAUAUAGGUUUUAAAUAUGUAUCUAAAUGUUUUGAAAUUUAA